CAAUCCAAUCAACAAUAUAUCUUCUUCCAAUUAAGUUGUAAUCUUUUUUUCUUCAAGUCAAUGGAAGGAAUGGAUCCCGUCCUUCUUUAUUCUCUAGAAAACGAACAAUUCACAGUUUCGUUAUCAAAGCUGCUCAAUUCCAGUGAUACAUUGAAUGCAUUUAUCAAAGAGUUUCCAAUUCAUGAAAAUUACACCAUCUUUUUCCCUGUUAAUCGAACAAUAAUGGCUUUAGCAGUGGCAUUUAUAAAAGAUGAAAUUCCUGAUAUAUCAUGUAUAGAAGACGGAUUCGAAUUGUAUAUCUUCGGCAAAGAAUAUGGCAUAAAGAAUCUUCAACAGUUAUGUACAGAGUUUAUAGAAGAAAUAAUAUCAUUAUAUCCAAGUACUGUUUGUCCCGUUCACGAUUUCGCUUGUGAACAAAAUGAUUACAACAUGCAAUUCACCUGUUGGGUGGUAUUCGAUGAAUAUUGGGAAGAAAUAUUCCAGACAGACGAUUUUCUUUGCUGCAAAGAAACAACAAUAACCAGAUUAAUCUCUCGUCCUAUAUACGAAACGUUAGACGAAUUAAGUUUGUUUGAUGCGGUUUACGAUUGGAUUAACGCAAGAAUUUUAACAGAGGAACACUUGGUGACAGAUAAAAACACCAUUCGAAAAAGAAGGAAAGAACUCAUACGACCAUUCCUUCCGAAACUUAGAUUGUUGGCAAUUGAGAAAAUCGAUAUGGAGAAUCUAUUCGAUAUGUUAGAGCUUCUGUUAACAGAACACGAAAUGCAAGCGAUUCGUGAUUUCUUCACCAGCAAAGAUUAUCCUAAUGCGGAUUUAUCAAAUUUUCCUGAAACUCUUUGUACUAAUAAGAAGGAAAGACACGACGAAAUUAAUACAUCUUUCUUUAAAUAUAAUUUUAAAUGUAAUUCUCCAAUAGGAAAAGAAAUAUCUCUCGCCGAUAACGUAGAGUUCGUUUGUCACAUACUUGUAAUGGAGGAUUGUUUCCUUACAGAUAUUUCGUUACCUAUACAUUUCAGCGAGAAUAAAAUAAUAUCCAUAGAUUUAUAUAUUUGUGAACACGCAAGUAAACAAUCUAUGGGAUUAUAUAUGUUGGAAUGUAAUAAUGAGGGAAAUGCAUAUUUAUUUCAACCACAUUUUCUAAAAAAGAACUCGAAAUAUCUCUUGUCAUCAAAAGUAUUGGAGAAUGAUGAUGAUAAACAAAUGGAUAUUCGCAUUCUCCCCGAUGCUCAUUCUUUUAUUAUUGCCGAAAAAAAGAUUUCUAAGAAUGAGAAAAUUGAAUCCUUUUAUUUCGAUGUUACUCUUUAUUUUUAAAAAAACAUC